AUGCACAAACGGGACCUUGUUGCUGGUCUUCCCAGGGUACUCCCUCCCCUUCCAGACUCGCCUGCUCCUCCCUGUAUUCCCUGUGUCGAGGGGCGGCAGCGCGCCGCUCCUCACUCCUCCUCCUUUCCCCCGACGACUGCUCCUUUGCAGACGCUCCACUUGGACGUGUGGGGCCCAGCCCGCGUCCGUGGCCAGGGUCAGGAGAGGUACUUCCUGAUUGUUGUUGACGACUUCUCGCGCUACACCAUGGUCUUCCCCUUGCGCGCCAAGGGUGACGUCCCUGAUGUAUUGAUCCCCUGGAUCCGCAGAUCUCGUCUCCAGCUCAGUGAGCGUUUCCGCUCCGACUUCCCUGUCCUGCGUCUGCACUCUGACAGAGGUGGGGAGUUUACCUCUGGCCUCUUGGAGGCCUUCUGUCAGCAGGAGGGCAUUGAGCAGUCGUACACGCUUCCGGCCUCUCCACAGCAGAAUGGGGUUGCUGAGCGCCGCAUUGGUCUGGUCAUGGAGGUCGCUCGUACCUCCUUGAGCCAUGCGGCUGCCCCCCAUUUUCUGUGGCCAUUUGCAGUCCGAUACGCUGCGCAUCAGCUCAACCUCUGGCCCCGUGUCUCCUUGCCCGAGACUUCUCCGACACUGCGUUGGACGGGAGAGGCUGGCGAUGCGUCGCAUUUUCGGGUCUGGGGAUCCCGAGCUUUUGUCCGCGACACGUCCGCGGACAAGCUCUCCCGUCGCGCUGUCCCCUGCGUCUUCCUUGGCUUUGUCCCGGACGCCCCUGGUUGGCAGUUCUACCACCCCACCUCGCGUCGUGUCUUGGCCUCUCAGGACGUCACUUUUGACGAGUCCGUCCCCUACUACCGCCUCUUCCCCUACCGCACUGCCCCGCUCCCCCCCCCGCCUCUCUUCCUCGCUCCAGGUGCUGAGGUACCAGACCCCCUCCCCCCUCAGGGUGCCGCUCCCUCAGGUGUGUCCCAGGUAGACCCGGGUGAGCCUGUCGAGGUAGCUGUUGACUCUCGUCCUGCUAGGGGUGCUGAGCCUGGGGGUGCUGCGUCUGGGGGUGCUGAGCCUGGGAGUGCUGAGUCUGGGGGUGCGGAGCCUGGAGGUGCGGAGCCUGGAGGUGCUGAGCCUGGGGGUGCUGAGUCUGGGGGUGCUGAGUCCGGGGGUGCUGAGCCUGAGCGUGCUACACCUGGAGGAGCCCUCUCCUCCCAGCAGCUGCAGGAGAGGUACCUCGAGUACUGCCGCCUCCGGAGAGGUGCUGCUGGAGCUCGUCCCGGUACUUCCCCUCCUACCCGGGAGCUCCCCCCCAUUCAGCAGAUCCGCGAGUGGUACACACGGCGCUGCAGUCUUCGGAGUGGUGCUCCGGGUGCUGCGGACCCUGGGGGUGGCGCUGCUGCUGGUGCUGAGGACCCGGACGUUGGAGCUACUGCUGGUGCUGCGGACCCGCCUGGUGGAGCUGCUGCUGGUGCUGAGGACUCGGACGUUGGAGCUGCUGCUGGAGCUGAGGACCCGGGCGGUGGCGCUGCUGCUGGUGCUGAGGACCCGGACGUUGGAGCUUCUACUGGUGCUGAGGACCCGGGCGGUGGAGCUGCUGCUAGUGCUGAGGACUCGGACGGUGGAGCUGCUGCUGGAGCUGAGGACCCGAGCGGUGGCGCUGCUGCUGCUGCUGAGGACCCGGGCGUUGGAGCUCCUACUGGUGCUGAGGACCCGGCCGGUGGAGCUGCUGCUGGUGCUGUGGACCCGGACGCUGGAGCUCCUACUGGUACUGAGGACCCGGCCGCUGGAGUCUCUUCUGCUUCUGGAGACGCUGCGCGGCCGCGACCGUACUUCGUACCGCUCCUUCAGCAGGUUCUUGGACAGGCUCCUCCUCCUUGUCCUCCUCCCUCCGUAGAGUGUCCUCCGCCUGUCCAGCCGCAGUCACUGUUACCGCCUACCUCGCCUCUCCCUGCUCCCUCUCCUUACACUGGUCCCACAGGAGGUCUUACAGAGCGUCGUGAGCCUGAGUCUCGUCCUGCGUCGCCUGUUCGUCCUGCUCGCACUAGUAGUCGUGUCCGUCGUGAGCGUCCUCCUCCUGUCCCAGGCACUCACUACAUGACUCUGCGUCCCUCUACUGCUCCUCAGCGUGUCCCUCUACCGUCUCCUCCUGCGUCCUCUUUGCCUGACGUUCCGGCCCCUGAGUCUGACCGGUAUCGUGCUGAGCACCCUACUGUCACGCGUCUCCUCGCUACUGUUGUCACUGACCCUACCUUUGAGUCCUCGGCUGCGUCUGCUCUGGUCGCUGAGUUGGUUGACUUUGCUGCUGCCUGUCGUCUAGACUACGCUGCUAGCCUUGUUGCUGAGUCUGAGUCUGAGUCUGUCUGUCCUCCGUCCGUCGGGGGUGAGUGUGCUCUUGGCACGGACGUCCUUGAGGACAGACAGGAGGAGUUCCAGUGUCUUGCUGCUGCUUUGCCCCGUCUCGUGUCCUUGCUAGUUGCCCCUGAGGGAGACCCGGAUGCACCAGACAUCCCGACCCCGCGCACUUACGCUGAGGCGAUGGCGGGUCCCUACUCCUCUCAGUGGCAGACAGCCAUGGACGCCGAGAUGGCUUCCUGGAAGUCCACACGCACCUACGUCGACGAGGUUCCCCCUCCUGGGGCGAACAUCGUCAGUGGCAUGUGGAUUUUCAGGGUGAAGCGGCCGCCGGGUUCUCCGCCUGUCUUCAAGGCGCGUUACGUGGCUCGAGGCUUCAGUCAGCGAGAGGGAGUUGACUUCUUCCAGACCUUCUCCCCCACCCCGAAGAUGACUACUCUUCGGGUGCUGCUGCACAUAGCCGCUCACCGCGACUACGAGCUUCACUCACUUGACUUCAGCACUGCUUUCUUGCAGGGCAGCCUGCACGAGGAGAUCUGGCUGCGCCGACCACCUGGCUUCACUGGGUCGUUUCCUCCUGGUACCCAGUGGAGGCUUCAGCGGCCGGUCUACGGUCUCCGCCAGGCUCCGCGUGAGUGGCACGACACACUGAGGACUACACUUGCGGCUCUUGGGUUUGCGCCUUCUACAGCUGACCCGUCGCUGUUCCUGCGCACCGACACUUUGCUGCCGCCGUUCUACAUCCUCGUGUACGUCGACGACUUGGUCUUUGCCACUGCUGACACUGCAGGACUCGCCUACGUGAAGUCGGAGCUGCAGAGGAGACACACGUGCACAGACCUGGGUGAGCUGACAAGCUAUCUUGGCUUGCGGAUCACCCGGGACAGAGCACGGCGCACCAUCACCCUGACUCAGUUACACAUGGUGCAGCAGGUUCUCCAGCGCUUCCGCUUCACGUACUCCUCGCCUCAGUCCACUCCUCUGCCUACCGGUCACUCGCUCUCAGCUCUGCCUUCGGAUGAGUCCGUAGAGCCGAGUGGCCCGUAUCCAGAGCUUGUGGGCUGCCUCAUGUACCUGAUGACCUGCACUCGACCUGACCUUGCAUACCCUCUUAGCAUCCUUGCACGCUAUGUCGCUCCUGGCCGUCACAGGAAGGAGCACAUGGAUGCCGCUAAGAGGGUGUUGCGCUACUUGUGCAGUACGUCGGGCAUGGGGCUUGUGCUUGGAGGGCGAGACCGAGUUCCUUGGCUCUGGCUCAGUUUCUUGGCGCUCUACACGCUCUUCUUCUGUUCUCGGCUCCAGUUGCGAGGCUGA